AUGAAUUGUACCAAUCAUAUUAAAAAUCAAGUGUCUUUAAUAUGUAUCGCUCCUCAUACGUGCUAAUUCGAUAGGAAACUUUGUUCAGAGUGCUUAGAUGAGCAUUAGUUUAAUAGCAAUAUAGUAUCAAUAAAAAGAUUUAAAGAAAUGGUCAUGAAGAGAUUUUCAGAAUCUAAGCUAGAUCAAAAUACUGAAGAAUUAAUCCAUUAGAGAAAGGCUUUUAAAUCUAUGCUCUCUGAAACAGAAAGCAAAAUGAGGAAAAUUUGGGAAGAGUUGGAGAAGUCAAUCAAUUAAAUGUAUGAUUUCAUUGAAGAGUAAAAUAAAUUGUAUUUGAAUCUUUUCAACUAAAAUGAUAAUCUAUCAGAAUUCUCCAAUUCUAACUUAGAAUAAUUAGUAUAAAUUCUAAUAGGAGAAUCAUUGGAUGAUUGGAAUGAUUUACAAAAUUCUUAAUUGGUAAAACUGGAAAAGACAAAGAAUUAAUGGGAAUAAGAUAUUAAAACUUUCUGUGAAAAGAUGAAUAUAGAAAUGAAAGAGAUUACUUCAAAGAUUAAGAUUGAACCAAGGUAAGAAAUAGUAUAAAUCAAUGAAAGAGAGAAAGAUUUGUAUGAAGUGUUAGCUUUAUCAAAAAGUAUCAAUCAAAAAUUAUUUGAUAAGAUGAUAAAGAUGCUAAAAUAAGAUAAAAUUUCAAAUAUUAUUAUAUUUCUUUAAAAAGAAUUCGCUCAAAAGUAUCAGGAAGAAUACAUGUAUAAUGAAGCGAAUUUAUCUCCUAAGAGCAGAGAGGUGAAAUUGAAAAAUGACUUUUAGGUUAUUACCACUGUAUUUAGAGAUAUUCAUUAACUUGAUUUUAAUAAAAAAAAUUUUUCAACAGAUGCAUACAUAGAAACUAGAAUAAAUAUAAUUAAAAAGAUAUAAAAAGAUGAGAAGAUUAUCGAAUUUUUAAAGUUUCUAGUUAACCUAACAGCUAUUGAUAGUUAAUUCAUCUAAUGUGGCUCAAAUUCACUUAAUUUAUUAGUUGAGAUGAAGGUAGAUCUAAAAGAGCAAAGUUUUGAAAAUAUUAGGAUUAAAGAUACUUCUUUGAUUGGAGGAAAUUUUUUGAGAUGUAAUUUGAAUGGAUCCCAAUUUGAUAAUGUCGAUAUAGGUGGUGUGAAUUUAAAUGGCGCUUAAUUAUUUAACUGCAAAUGGAAGAAUAUAAAAUUGAAUGAAUUAAAUAAACUUGAAGGCCAUGAGAGUAGUGUCAAUUCAGUUUCUAUCUCGCCGGAUGGUACAAUAUUAGCAUCUGGCAGUGCAGAUAACUCUAUUCGAUUAUGGGAUAGUAAGACAGGGGAAUUAAAGGCAAAAUUAGUGGGUCAUGAAAAUGCGGUCAACUAAAUUUGCUUCUCUCGUGAUGGAACUACGUUAGCUUCUGUUAGCGGAGAUAGAACUAUCCGUUUAUGGGAUGUUAAGACAGGACGAUAAAAAGCCUAAUUAGAUGGUCAUACUAAUUCAGUCCUAACAGUGUGCUUCUCUCCGGAUAAUACAAUAUUAGCAUCUGGUAGUGCGGAUCAUUCUGUUCGUUUAUGGGAUAUUACAACACGAAAAGAAAAGGCCAGACUAGUUGGUCAUAGUAAUUCUGUCUGCUUCUCACCUGACGGCACUACAUUAGCAUCUGGUAGCGGAGAUAACUCAAUCAGGUUAUGGGACGUUAAGAGAUAAGAAAUAAAAGCCAAAUUAGAGGGUCAUCGAGAUUAUGUCCGCUCUAUAUGCUUCUCUCCAGAUGGUAAAACAUUAGCAUCUUGUAGUGCAGAUAGCUCUAUCCGCAUAUGGGAUCUUAAGACAGGAAAAUAAAAAAUCUAAUUAGAUGGUCAUAGUGAUGGAGUCCUGUCAAUAUCAUUCUCACCUAGUGGUACUACAAUAGCAUCUGGUAGUAAGGAUAACUCUAUUCGUUUAUGGGAUGUUAACACAGGAUAAUAGAAGGUAAAAUUAGAAGAUCAUCAUGAUUUCAUCAGAUCAGUAUGCUUCUCUCCUGACGGUACGAAAUUAGCGUCAGGUAGCGGAGAUAAGUCUCUCCGUUUAUGGGAUGUUAAUACAGAAAAAAAAAAUCUAGGCUAUGAUUGUUGUUUUAAGGACCAUCCUACUUUUUUAAAAACCCCACUUAAAAAUAAUACCUUAUUAUAAAAUGUCGCAUCAAAUAUAACCAUUCUCCUUAUCUCCAAAUAACUAAUAUUUUAAGCAUAAGGAGCAUUACUUUAUAAAGGAGAAUUUAUGGAUCAAUCAGGUAUGGAUUUUACAACAGUUCUCAAAUAAAAAGGAAGCUUGAUUUUGGAUGAUUAAAUAGAAUUUUAAGAGCAUUAAAGUUGA